UUGAUAGAGGAUUACGAGGGAAAGGAUCAAUGGUGACUGUAUCUAGAUCGGAAUUGGAUCAAGCUCAUUUGCUUGUGCUUGAGAAUAACCCUGAAGUCCAACCAUAUAUAACUGAUCACUUGGAAUUAUUACAAUCAAUGAUUCCAACUAAGGUCAAGAAUAAACAGAGAUGGGUACUAGAGGAGCAUCGUAAAACAUUUAUUGGAUGGUUAAAGAAUACCAUUCUAGCUAUUGAUCAUGGUGUGUCGAAAGAGUUAGAAUACAUAUCGUUUGGACCAGAUACUCAAGUAGUAAAGCAUCAUGCUUACAUUGUGGGGGGGAAAAGAUUUCAUACAAAGGAAAGAGAUGAUGCUCGAACGGUUCAAAAUAGUGGAGUAAGUAUUGUUGCAGAAGCAAUGCAUUUUGCAUCAACAAAGGACAGAAACCCAGUGCAAUCCACUAUGACAUAUUACGGGGUUGUUGAUGAAAUUUGGGAGCUUGGUUAUGGAUUGCUUCGAAUUCCACUUCUUAAAUGCUCUUGGGUGGAGAAUAAAGGCGGAGUUAGAACAGACGAACUUGGUUUCACUUUGUUGUUUUACGGACACCAGAGCGACAACAUUUAG